AUGCUGACGAAUCUUCCAGACGUCACUGUUGUGCCCAACCCCAACAAUAACAUUGUCGGCCAAUGGACAGUAGAGAAGGUCCUCGACACAAUCCCGACUGGGAAGCCCGUCCAGGGCUCAACUUCACCGGUCCCAUACUUUCACAUUCUUGAGCGCCUUAAGACAACAAAGCGCGAAGGAUGGAGGCGAUUAGGCAUCGAUCGAGGCGAGUCUAUCUCCGAUCAUAUGUAUCGCAUGGCGAUGUUGAGCAUGCUUGCGCCGCCUUCUCUUGCCAGCCGACUCGACAUGACGAAGUGCAUGAAGAUGUGCUUGAUCCACGACAUGGCCGAAUCAAUCGUCGGUGACAUCACCCCAGUUGACGGCAUCGACAAGCCGGAGAAGAGCCGGCGCGAGGCCUCGACUAUGGACUUUAUCACAAAGGGGCUGCUGGGCAACGUUGACGAGGGCAAGGUCGGCGCCGAGAUUCGUGCUAUCUGGCAGGAGUACGAAGACUCGAAGACUCUCGAGAGUCUCUAUGUCCAUGAUAUCGACAAGAUGGAGUUGCUUCUGCAGAUGGUCGAGUAUGAGAAACGCGGAAAGGGCAAGCUUGACUUGGGAGAGUUCGCCUACGUUAAGACGAAGAUUGUACUGGACGAGGUCAAAGCUUGGGCCGAGGAGCUCAUGCAGGAGAGGGAGGAGUUCUGGGCCGGUCAGGCCCAUAUUCAUGGGGAGCAGGGCGUCGCCGGCGGCGUCUCCCCCGAGAAGAAGGCGAUGCAAGACGCGUACUACAGCAAGGACUAA